UCUUCACGACUCCUUCCCCCCUCCUCCAAUUUUUGUAUUCUCUCUCUCUCUCUCUCUCUCUCUCCUCUGAAAUCUACGCAGCGGAAGAAAAAGUCUACCUUUCCAAGAACCUUCACCGAAACUCCAUUCCCUCUCUGUCUUGGUCUCCCUGUCUCUGAGGAGGGUUCACACUCAAAUUUCCCGAGUCCACCCUCGAUCCAGUCCCUUCAAUUGGAUUGAAGCGGUCGGGUCUGCCGGAGAAUGCUGCUUGGGGUCCUUUGAAAUUGGAAACGGCCGGAAAAUCGAAGUAUUGUGCUCGCUGGUGAUUUGAUUCUGGUUGAUAUGGGGGAUGAGGGGCCGAGAUUCGGUGGGUUCGAGGAUUUCUAUGCGGCUGAGAAUGACCAUCUCACCAUCGAUCUGCAGUCGCUCAUGGAGCUUCUCGACGAGGAGCCGGACCAGGGGUCGCAGGGAAACUCAGAGGAUUUAUCAAGAGAAUUCUUGACCAGUGAGUCAGUUCCUGCAGUUGGCAAGUUUACCCAUACUCCUCCUGAAAAUGGAUAUCUGGGAUCAGAAGGUGCAUUCGCCACAGGGGAUGGAAUUUCCUGCAAUGGUAACUUCUACUCUUCAUGUAACGUUGUUGCGGCAGAUCCCUGGGCUUCAGAAGGUGCUAAAACAAAGAAAGUGGAAAUCGAUUUUGGAAUUGGUGGCUCUUCAGGGGAAACCGUCAUGGACAGUUUUAGGGCUCCUGGAAGUAAUUCUUAUAUGGACAAUCGGUACUUGGAUGUUCCUUUACAGGGUGGCGCCUUGUUUGAGUCGUCCAUGUGCCACAACUAUACUACUAUCUUUGGAGACCGCUUGCCACCGUUUGUUGAUCCCCAGAGGAUUCCUCUGCAUCAUGCUGAUAGUUAUCAAUCUUUUCCAUCAAACACUAACAUGUUCUCUGCCACAAAAAAUGAAAGAGGAACAUUUCAAGCCGAGGAAGGUGCAAACUUAGCUAGUGAGGCUGGUUCAGAGAGGUGGGGAAACACCUCAACAUCUUUCUCAGAAAUCUUACCUGACGAUGUUUCGGGUACUAUGGGUUAUGAUCUUAAUGAGUUUGAUUAUCACUUCCCACUGAUGGGUGGAAGUUACUCAUCUGCUGCUGAUAACGAGGUACUGGAACAGCCACUCACGUGGAAUUCAUUGUACACGUCGACAUGGUCAAGUAACAAGCCAGUGGUAACUGAUGAAGAUAUUGUCCGGAAGAGUUACUCUGUUGCCGAUGAGAAAUCUGGUGUUACUAUGGAUGUAAACCCUUCACCGUUUCUGGUUUCACCUUUUACAACUCUCCAGCCGCUUAGAGAUCUCAAAAAGGCAGAGGAAGAAGGCAUGGGAAAACCUCCUAAAAGAGCUCGUGAUGAUAUCGAUGGAUUUACAUAUAGGUCUCCCAUGGAGGACAGAAAUUUGAAGAAAGAAUUUUCGGGGCAAUUUGCAGCUUGUUCUCAGCCCCCUGCCUUUAUCAAUAAGCCUCUUAGUGGCAUUAAGGAUGAGAGCUCUAGCACAUCGCUUCAGCUUGGUAGUACAGCAACUCACCAUCCCUCCAAUUGCAGCCCUGAGUCAACUCAAAGCAAUAUGGUCGACUGCAGAUCUCAUGCCGAAGAUGAGUCUGAUAUUUGUAUUAUUGAGGAGAUGAGUCAUCCUGCUCCAUCGAAUCAAUCUGGAAAACUAACCAUCUUCCAAAAUCGAUCUACAUUGAGUGAUUCUCACCAUCACACUGGUGUUGGAGUAGCAGGAAGGCUAAGGACGAAUUCUGAGAGACAAAUUUUUCGUGUUGCAUUGCAGGAUCUUGCUCAGCCAAAGUCGGAAGUUUUCCCACCUGAUGGUGUUCUAGCAGUUCCACUUUUGAGACAUCAGAGAAUUGCCUUGUCAUGGAUGAUCAAAAAGGAAACUGCUGUGAAUUGUUCCGGAGGAAUUCUAGCAGAUGAUCAGGGUCUGGGCAAAACAAUCUCCACCAUCGCUCUCAUUGUCAAGGAAAGACCUCCACCCAUCAAACCAGAUCAAAACAAAAUCAAGCAUGAGGAAUUGCAAACCCUAAAUUUGGAUGAGGAUGGUGAAGAGAAAAUUCCCGAGUCCAAUGGGGCUACGAUGGAUUCUAAAUUAGUUCAAGCUCCAUUAGGAGGACUCAAAAUUAAAACUGAGACCAGCUGCCCUUUGGUGCAGCGAAGAGGGAGGCCGGCAGCUGGAACCCUUGUUGUUUGCCCAACAAGUGUCCUCCGGCAAUGGGCUGAUGAGUUGCAUAAUAAGGUGACACAAAAGGUCAAUCUUUCUGUUCUUGUAUACCAUGGGGGCAAUCGAACAAAGGAUCCCUUUGAGCUGGCAAAAUACGAUGUUGUCCUCACAACUUAUUCAAUCGUCAGCAUGGAGGUCCCGAAGCAGCCUCUCGUUGAUAAAGAGGAUGAUGAAAAUGGGAAAACGGAUGACCAUGGUCUUCCUCGUCCGCAACUUUCAUCCAGUAAGAAGAGAAAGUAUCCUCCAGGUCCCAACAAAAGAAGAUCGAAGGAUGGAAAGGAGGUGGAGGGUGCUCUGCUUGAGUGUGCUGCAGGGCCACUUUCAAAAGUAGGGUGGUUUCGAGUUGUCUUGGAUGAGGCCCAGAGCAUUAAAAAUCAUAGGACACAAGUCGCCCGGGCCUGCUGGGGCCUUCGGGCCAAGCGAAGAUGGUGCUUGUCAGGAACUCCUAUUCAGAAUGCAAUUGAUGAUCUGUACAGCUACUUCAGGUUUCUCAGAUAUGACCCUUAUGAUGUCUACAACACCUUCUGUUCCAAUAUAAAGGCCCCGAUUCACCGAAGUCCUGCAAAGGGCUACAAGAAGUUGCAAGCUAUAUUAAAGACAAUAAUGCUCCGCCGCACUAAAGGCACACUUCUUGAUGGCGAACCUAUCAUUACCUUACCACCCAAGUUGGUGAAAUUGGAGAAGGUGGAAUUCUCGAAGGAGGAGCGAGACUUUUAUUCAAGACUAGAGGCUGAUUCACGUGCUCAGUUUGAAGAGUAUGCAGCUGCUGGGACUGUGAAAGAAAAUUACGUUAACAUUCUUCUAAUGCUCUUACGCCUCAGACAGGCUUGUGAUCACCCUCUUCUUGUUAGGGGAUAUGAUUCAACUUCUGCAUGGAAAGCUUCACUCCAGGUGGCAAAGCAACUUCCUCGGGAGAAACAAAAGCAUCUGCUUAAUUGCUUAGAGGCUUCUCUAGCAAUUUGCACAAUUUGUAACGAUCCACCUGAAGAAGCUGUUGUUUCAAUCUGUGGUCACGUUUUCUGCAAUCAGUGCAUGUGUGAACAUCUCACUGGUGAUGAAACUGACUGCCCUGCUUUGGAUUGCAAAGUCAGACUAAGUCGGUCUUCAGUGUUUUCUCGGGAAUCUCUGAGCAAUUCCCUUUCUGACCAGCUUCAUGUGGAUAAACCUGUUAGUAGUUUCGAAUCUAAAGCUGAAGAGAGAGCUGAACCAUGUUUAACUAGUUCCCCUUGUGGCUCCUCCAAAAUAAGGGCUGCGCUCGAAGUCCUACAAUCAAUCUCUAGGACGCGUGAAUGCCAUUCGGGAGCUGGCCCUAUGCAAGACUCUUCCAAUGGAACUUACUCUGGGAACUCAUCUGAUCUUAGGGGUAAUCCUGCAGAAACAAGUUCCUCAGAGGAUAAGGUUGAAAGCUUGAAGGAACUGAAUAAGAUAGUUGGGAUGAAAGCUAUAGUAUUCUCACAAUGGACGAGGAUGUUGGAUCUACUAGAAGUUUGCUUGAAGAGCUCUUCGAUCCAGUUUAGAAGACUCGAUGGCACGAUGUCAGUCAUUGCUAGAGACAAGGCCGUGAAGGAUUUCAACACCCUUCCUGAGGUGACUGUAAUGAUCAUGUCUCUAAAAGCUGCUAGUCUAGGACUGAACAUGGUCUCAGCUUGCCAUGUUCUCUUAAUGGACCUUUGGUGGAAUCCCACAACCGAAGAUCAAGCAGUAGAUAGGGCCCAUCGUAUCGGUCAGACCCGGCCGGUUACGGUUUUGCGGUUGACCGUGAAAGAUACAGUUGAAGAUCGCAUCUUAGCCCUACAGCAAAAGAAGCGAGUCAUGGUGGCGUCCGCCUUUGGAGAGGACGAGGCUGGGAGUCGUCAGAGUCGACUCACAGUGGAGGACCUGAAAUAUCUUUUCAUGGUGUGAACCACUCGAGGAGUGUUAAUUCUCCUGAGGAUUUUAUUGUCUGAGCUUUAACUUUGUGCUGGGAGUCCGGGGAAUCAGUUUUCCUUUGGCGACAAAGGAAGAGCUCACUGAUCCCGGGCUAAUUCUUGGUAGGUUCUAGGAGAGGCCUUAAUAGUUAUUAGAGAGGAAGAUUUAUUUGCAGGGUCUCGUGAUAGUUUGACGAUUGAUUCAAUUCUUUUUCAGACCACAGUUGCAUCAUUGUAUAGGAUCGAUGUAGAUAGAGAGUUUGAUAAUAGAAGAGACAAAGGAUAACAAAGAUUUUAUCAACAGCUCUCUCUUUGAAUUGUAAAUUGUAUAAGGGAUCUCCUUCUCUUCACUUCACUUACACAGGUCAUGUAGAUAGAUUCUUUGCACUCCUCUAUUGAACAUUGGUUUUUAUUUUAUUUAGGUAUUCUUUCGGGUGCA